AUGGGACAUUCUUCACUUCUCCCUCCUUUUCUUCUCUCUGUUCUUAUCCUCUCUUUGUUUCAGUCGCCGGCGGAUGCAGCCAAACAGUCUUACAUUGUGUACUUGGGAGCACAUUCCCAUGGCCUGAACCCUACGUCUGUCGAACUCGACGCCGCAACGACUUCUCACUACGAUUUGCUUGGAACUGUUUUGGGAAGCAAUGAGAGGGCCCAAGAAGCAAUGUUUUACUCCUAUACUGGUCAGAUCAAUGGCUUUGCUGCAGUUUUAGAUGAAGAAGAGGCUUCACAGAUUGCAAAGGAUCCAAAUGUUGUGUCUGUUUUUCCAAACAGAAAACUAAAACUACAUACAACUCAUUCAUGGGAGUUUAUGGGAUUAGAAGACAAAGUUGGAUUACCUCGUCACGGUUCGCUUUGGAAGAAAGCAAAGUUUGCUGAAAAUACAAUCAUUGGAAACCUUGACACUGGUGUCUGGCCGGAAUCAGAGAGCUUUAACGAUCAAGGCUUUGGACCAAUCCCAUCCAAGUGGCGUGGAGCUUGUCACUUUGACACCAAAGACAAAGUUCGUUGCAACAGGAAGCUGAUCGGAGCAAGAUACUUCAACAAAGGAUACUUGGCGUAUGCGAAACUCAAUAAUGCCACCAUCCCACCCAAUGUUAUGGUCUCGCCACGCGACCAGGAAGGCCAUGGCUCACAUACCCUUUCGACAGCUGGUGGCAGUUUUGUGCAUGGGGCUAAUGUUUUUGGUCAUGGCAAUGGUACUGCUAAAGGUGGAUCCCCGAAAGCUCGUGUUGCUGCUUACAAAGUAUGCUGGCCAAGUUUUCCUGGCACUACAGAAGGAGGGUGUUUCACUGCAGACAUCCUGGCCGCCUUUGAUGCUGCAAUCAGUGAUGGUGUUGAUGUUCUUUCCUUGUCUGUUGGUGGUGAUGCUGUAGAGUUUUCUGAAGAUGGGAUCGCAAUAGGGUCAUUCCAUGCGGAUAAGAAUGGAAUUGUUGUGGUGUGCUCAGCUGGAAAUUCAGGACCUGCUCCGAGUACAGUGUCUAAUGUCGCACCCUGGAUGUUAACAGUUGGAGCUAGCACCCUUGAUCGUGAGUUCUCUAGUUACAUAUCCUUCGGAAAGGGGAAGCAUAUGAAGGGAAAAAGUCUUUCAUCAAGAAGUUUGCCGUCUAGAAAGUUUUACCCUGUGAUAAGCGGAGCCAAUGCUAAUGCAGCUACUGCGAGCCCUGAAGAUUCCUUGCUAUGUUUGAAUGGAACCCUCGAUCCAAAGAAGGUGAAGGGAAAAAUCUUGGUCUGCCAACGUGGGAAAAAUGCGAGAACAGAAAAGGGCGAGAUGGCAGCUCUUGCUGGGGCAGUUGGAAUGGUUUUGGUUAACGAUGAAGCCAGUGGAAAUGAAAUUAUAGCUGAUCCUCAUGUGCUGCCGGCUACACAUCUUACUUACGCUGAUGGAAAACGUGUCUUUCAGACCCCUUUUGCUCACAUUACUCCUGUCAAGACGGUAUACGGAACAAAGCCAGCUCCAUUUAUGGCUGCAUUCUCAUCUCGGGGACCAAGUGCCAUUGAGCCAUCAAUACUUAAGCCUGAUGUCACAGCACCAGGGGUGGAUAUAAUUGCUGCCUAUACAGGAGCAGCUGGUCCAACUGAAUCAAAGUCUGAUAAACGUCGCCCACGUUACAUUACAGAAUCUGGAACUUCUAUGUCAUGCCCUCAUGUAUCUGGAAUCGUCGGUCUUCUGAAAACACUCUACCCGUCAUGGAGCCCUGCCGCUAUUAGAUCUGCAAUCAUAACCACAGCAAGAAGACGCGACAACAACGAGGAGUCAAUUCUGGAUUCAACCAAGGAGCAGGCUACACCACUUGCUUAUGGUGCAGGCCAUGUCAAUCCAAAUCGUGCAGCAAACCCGGGACUUGUCUAUGACUUGACUACCGAUGAUUACUUGAAUUUCUUAUGUGCUCGUGGAUACAAUGCAUCACUUCUCAAACUAUUUUCCGAUAAGCCAGUCAAAUGUUCCAACACCUCUAGCAUUGCUGAUCUGAACUAUCCUACAAUUGCAAUUCCUGAUCUUCAAGACAAACCAAUCACCGUUACCAGAAGAGUGAAGAAUGUUGGCACUCCAGGCACGUAUGUCGCACAUGUUCAUACACCAGCUGGAGUUUCUAUUUCGGUUAAGCCUCAGAAGUUGGAAUUCAAGUCUGUUGGUGAAGAGAAGGAAUUCAAGGUUACGCUGAAGGCGAAUGGUAAGGUUGGAAAUCCAGACUAUGUGUUUGGAGAAUUGAAAUGGUCGGAUGGCAAGCACAGUGUGAGGAGUCCCAUUGCUGUGAUGCGAACCUAG